CUGUCUGAUUGGCUCAAAUGUUAUCAGCUGUUCCUAACUGCACAGUUGGCUGAUUAACUUACUUAUUCUCAGGUGUGGUAGCUGCGAGGUUUCAUUCACCGGUUCCCUGUUCGAAUUCCAUAAAGAGAUACUCCUCUUUCUUUGAAACCCAACUGGAUGAUAAAGCUCAUUAAACUGGAUUUUGCUAUUCAUUGGAAAGAAGAGUGUGGUACAACUAAUUCCACUUUCCCACUCCUGUAGUCUGAUUAUGGCAGCAAUUAACAGACCACUUCCAACUCAUUCAGAACCUGAUGGAAGGAACCCAAACUUUCGUUAUAACAGUGGUGCAGCAUCCUCUGUGCAGCAGGAUCCAGGUCCACACAGUGCUGGUCAGGACCCAGGAUUUGCUUUACAUCCCCAGCAUCCCAUCUUUGGCCGGCCUGUCCUCUACAUUCAUGCACCACCUCCACCCCCUCUACUUCACUACCAGUGGCCCAUGCCUUUCUCCUAUAACCCCUUUGCAAGCUUCCCAAACAUGGGCUAUGGUAUGAUUGUACCCCCUCCACCAUUCCCCCCUCCUCCUUACAUGGACGCUCCAGGAUAUGUCUUACCUCACCCCCACGUUCAACCAGUUGACUACAGGCGCUUGCACCAUCCACUGUCCCACACUCAAGGUUCAUCCCAUCAAAACCCUAAUCAGACACGCAGAAUUCGGCCAAAUUAUUUUAUCCCUGUGAGAGAAACAGUGAAUUCUGAGGUUCAAACUGAGCCAGCACAAAGUGGCAUACGUGGCUAUGAUUUGGGCUCAGAUUCUGGGAGAGGAACUUGUUCAAAUUCUCCAAGCUCCCCAGUCUUAAGUUCUCCUAAACAAACCUUAACUAAGGUGGUGAACAGCAAGUCGCCCUGCAGAGAAGAAAAUGACUUUGACCCUGAUGAGCCUUGCACAGAUGCUGCGGUCAAAACUGUUGAAUCAUGUGGAAGCACGAAGAAGGACUUACCUGACCAGGUGCCUAUAACUGACUCUCUUUCUAAAGAUGGCAACUGCAAUUUGUGGUUGUCGGGUUCUCCAGACGGUGUAGUUCCAGUGUCAAGCUCAUCUCAAAAAGACGAUGUAGUCCUUAAAGAAAGGCGCAUCUCUGUUCCUGACAUUCUAAUGAACUGGGGUGGUAGCACACCACAAACGGCAUCGCUGAAAAUAACAGAUGUGAAGUUGUCCCUGCCUGAUGAUCAGCCGUCUUAUAAGCAUGUAGUCGAGCGUAAAGAAUCUUUAUGCCAUAGCUCCACUGAGACAAUUGCCGGUUCUCUUGUAGGAGCCUGCACUGGAAUUACUGAUGAUAUGGAUUGUCCAAAAGUAAAUGAAAUGCUCUUCAGGAUCCUUCGACUUCCUUAUCCUAGAAUUGACACUUUCUUGGAGUGUGGUACACAUGAGGAGCCUGUAGAAGUAAGUUUUUCAGAGAGGGGUUCAUUAACCUUAAUAGAUGAAGAGCAUUAUUUGCAAAAUUCCUCUCGCAUCAGCUCAGCUGAUGUGCAAGAAAAUGACAUUAGGAUGUAUCUGCAAGAGAUCUCAGAUGUUGCACCUCAUAUGUCUGCCAGUAGCUGUCAGGGAAAGAGAAAAUUAAAUGAGUCAAUUUGGUCUGUGGAAUCCCUGGCCCCCUUUAUCCCUUCUAGAGAGUGGCUGGAACAAAGUGGGAUGGUAGAACCUAAAGUCAAUGAUGUGGUGGAGGAAGCUGAAAAUGUUGGACUCUCAAACAAAAAUGAGAAAAGGGCUAAUAAAGAAAGGUCGGGUUGGAGCUUGUCAUCCUGCGUUUCUGUUCAAAUGUCAGAAAGUUCUGUUUGUUCCAGUGUCCAAGAAGAGGAGCAGAGUCCUGUGAGGGAGACAGGAACAGAAAUUGAAAAAGUUGUCUCUGAACCAAUGGAACCAGAACAAAGUCAAAGCAUCCUUCACUCAGAUAAUGUCUUGUCUCCGUCCUCUGCCCUGCCAAGUAAAGCCAUAUCUACUCCCCCUGAAAAGGAUGAGAAUGAAAAUGGGUCUUCUGAACCUGAGGCUAGUCAAAGCCCAAACCAGAAAUCUCUUAUUUUAAAAGAGCUGCGGCGGAAAAGCUUUUCCUCCUCUGAAGAAGAAAUGUUCCUCAAUUCUGCAGCAGAGGAAAUUGCCUCAUCAGCUGUCAAGCUGAUUUCCCAGAAUGGAUUGGACACUGAGGAUAAUGGAGCUCCGGUUAUGAUCCAAAAUAUGGCUGAAGUGUCCCCAUCAAAGGGAACUUUAGUGGACUGUGGUGUCCAGUGUAAUGAAUUCCAUGAGCAAAGGUGUUUAUGUGGCAAGAUGAUUAAGAGUGCUGAAUCAAACAGAAGACAUCCUUUUAAAUCAUCAGAUAUGAAGAAGGCACAUGAUGGCAGAAAUGGGCAUAUGCAGAAAAAGAAGAAUAGUCAGUGGAGAAGCACAGGUCAAGAAGGGCAGUUUAAGCAACAGGAAGCUCACAGUGGAUACUGUAGAGGAGGGAAAUCAAAAGGUGGAAGACACCCACGAUAUUACUGACCAGCCUCAAGACAAAAGUUGGUUUUUAAAACAGCCUAUUUAAACUUAAAAUGAAGCUAUUGUUUGUGUCUGUUUUGAAUGUGUUUUGUGUGUAUAAAGUAAAUAAAGUUGAAAUAUUG